GAAGUGGUAUUUAAUUUGUUUUGGUGGUACGACAGGGUGCCACAAUGUCAGCCCAGUGCAGGGAAAAACUGCUUAUUUUAUACCGACGGUAUCAAAGCUAUGUUACGAAGAACCCAGCCUCCACGGCGCAGCUCGAAAGCACUGUCAGGACACUGUCUUACUUAAUUGCCGGGCGGUUCGCUGAUUCCCAUGAACUCUCAGAACUAGUGUAUUCGGCCUCCAACCUGCUAGUGCUGUUGAACGAUGGGAUUUUGCGGAAAGGACUGUGUAGAAGCCAGCCUAUGUCUGUAUCCCAGCAGAAGCUCCUGACGUGGCUCACUGUGCUGGAAUAUGUGGAGGUCUUCACUGAGAUGGGGGCUGCGAAGCUCUGGGGAGAAAGAUGCCGCUGGAUAGUCAUCAUUCUCAUUCAGCUUGCAAAGGCAGUCCUGAGGAUCCUUCUGGUGUUUUGGUACAAAGCUGGAAUCCAGACGUCUCCUCCCAUCAGUCCUCUUGACAGAGAGACGCAGCUCAGCUGCAAAGAAGGUGAAGGUGAAGCCCUGUCUGAAGAGCCAGCUUUUGUUGGGCAGCGCUCUGGAAGGGUCAUGAGGUCGCUCAGCAGCACCCCAGCUUUCCAGUCCAGGCACUGGGGUACACCUCAGCAUGAUAACCCACCCAGGAGACCAGAGGAAGAACUUCUCCAGCCCCCUACCCCACUCGGAUUACAAGAGACCAUUGCAGAGUCUCUGUUCAUUGCACGCCCUCUUGUCCACUUGCUUGGUCUUGGUGUUUGUGGAAGUAGAUCCUGGAAGCCGUGGAUCAUUUCCGGGAUCCUGGAUAUUACCAAUUUGAGUUUAAUGAACGACACAAAGAGACUGAACCGAAGAGAGCGGGCAGAGAUGAGACGCAGAGCAUUGCUCCUCCUCUACUACCUGCUGAGAUCUCCCUUCUACGACACAUACUCUCAGACAAAAAUCAUGUUUUUGCUGCGUUUAUUGGCUGACUAUGUCCCAGGAGUUGGGCUAGUAGCACGUCCUCUGCUGGAUUACUUGCCUGUGUGGCAGAAAGUUUACUUUUACAACUGGGGGUGAAUGGAGAACUGCAUGAACUGUGAUCCAUUACAAACCAGCUGUGGAAGCAGAAGGAGGAAUUGGAGACUCAUUGAAACCAGCAGUGCCAGUUUUAAAAAGAUUGUUAAAAGAUCUGACAUGAAGUGUCAGGUUUUUAAAUGAAUAUAAUUCAGGCUUGGAGAACUCUCUGUUAAUUUUUCUAAUUUAAGAAACUUUUUUUUUUUUUUUUGGUUUUGGUGGUGGUGGACCCUUUUAAUUAUUUUGGGUACUCCAUCCUCGUUAUGACAGGGUAUCAUUCAGAAAUACAUGUUAAUAAUCUGUCUCCUUUUCUAAUGCAGUGUUUCAAAAGUUGCACACGUUAUUUUUAGAGGUUGUUGGAUGUUUGCUUUCCCAAUGUUUGGAUAGGCUUAUUGUUUUAUGCCCCUCCAAGGGGAUGAGACUGCCUUUCCCGUGGUGACCGCGUUCUGCUCAUUCUUUCUCGAACAAUCUGACUUCCUUUUCAUGAGAAAACUGUCCAGUAUAUCAAAUCCCGGAGGUACUGCAAGUGAAACUCUUCUGAUGGAGUAUUUGUGUGACUGUUGAGAGGCUUGGAGCAAUACAAUCUUUUACAAUGUAUGUAAAUAUUCUGAAUGACAAAUGAUUUUCUUAUUGUUUUUAUUGAGAAGGAUAAUUUACCCUUUUCUUGAAGGCUAAAAAAAAUAAUAAGGAUUGUUUUGUAUGUCACUGUUGUAGGCACAGCUGAACUGUGGUGAAAUUAUUGGAGAUGACUCUUCCAAUAACCACUUCAUCUCACAGCAGGAGGACAUUUAGAAAUUAUGAGACAUAUCUAGUGUAUGUCACCAUAUUAAUAAGAACUAGCUGGGAAAUUGUUGAAAUGGGAUGGUUUUUCACUAUGUGAAAACUGUAUAAUUACCUUUUGUUAAUAAAUCCUGAAUCCAAAAAAGGAAUGCAUUCUUUAAAUGUACAUGCAUGCUGAGAGAGUCUUGGGAGUAUUACAAAAUCACAUGUAAUUCUCUAUGUAAAUUAUUUGCUGUAUCCUGUAAUUUGCAACUUUCUUUGACAAGGACGCUAAUGUGCUUUCAAGAAAAAAAAGGAAGACAAGUUUGCCUUUUAAUUUGUGUUGUCAUGUUUAUUUUUGUAGGAGAUUGGGGUUUGAGAACGUGUUGAGUGGGUAAUCUACUUACAGUGGAUUUUAAUAUCCAUGGUUUUAUUUAUUCAUAUCCAUUCUAUUGUCUUUGCCCUUUAAAACUUGACCGCUUGAUUGAUUAUUUUACUGACUUUGAUUAAUUUUUAUUGCAGUUAUUCAAAUAUUGUGUUAUUUUGACAUUUUGAUAUUUCUGUGUUGAGAUGCCGAGGUUCAGGAGUCUGAUCUGUUCUAGUUGCUUACCUUUGUCACAAUGCCCAUAACUGUGCACUAGAGACAUACUAUGCUGUAUAGAGCAAUGAAUACUGUAUACAUUUUUGGUGACUCGGAAUAACCUUUAAUCUCCAGUAUUGCUUAAAAAGUAUCAAUUUUUUUUAAUUUCAGCAAUAAGCAAAUGUUGUAGUAGAUACUUAGUUUUGCUUCAUAUUGUGCCUUUUUGAAUUGUCCUUUCAACCUUAUUACAAUCUCAAACCCUG